GACCGGUGCCCGCCAUAUUGGCGAGUGACGUCAUUUCUCCUUGCGUGCACCAAAUUGACGUGGCAGCGAUCUCCCAACACACGGGCUUUCCCGGCGAUUUUCACCCAAAACUUCCUCAUAAAAACCCCCAACUCUGGUCCAGUCGCACAGAUAAGACCACAGAGAAGACAUCUUCACGACGUUCGCCUGUUUUACAAGUGGUAUUUUUGCGUAAAGCGUGAAGAAAGCAACCGGAAGCAACGUUCAGCCAUGGGUCUCAGUCUCGGCACCCUUUUUACAAAAUUGUUCGGUAAAAGGCAGAUGAGGAUUUUGAUGGUUGGCCUGGACGCAGCUGGAAAAACCACCAUCCUGUACAAGCUGAAGCUGGGGGAAAUCGUUACCACCAUUCCAACUAUUGGUUUCAAUGUUGAGACAGUGGAGUACAAGAACAUCAGUUUCACAGUGUGGGACGUGGGCGGCCAGGACAAGAUCCGCCCACUGUGGAGACACUACUUCCAGAACACACAGGGUUUGAUCUUCGUUGUGGACAGUAAUGACAGGGAGCGGAUGGCAGAGGCACAACAAGAGCUGGACAAAAUGUGUGGGGAGGAUGAGCUGAGAGAUGCCGUGCUGCUGGUUUUUGCCAACAAACAGGAUCUGCCCAACGCCAUGUCAGUAGCAGAUAUCCAAAAGAAUCUCAAGCUUCAGGACCUUCGCAACAGAAAAUGGUACAUCCAAUCAACGUGUGCGACACAAGGGACCGGACUGUACGAGGGACUUGAUUGGUUAUCUAACGAAUUGGCCAGCAAGUAGACCCCACCCACACAAUGCCAUAUAUAGACAUACUGUCCUCUAAACUAAAAAAAAAAACAAUUCAUGUACAUUUCUUGGGUAGAUUCCUAGUAGAUAUCUCAUGGCCUAGUUGUUGAACACCGUAGGAAAUAAACGUAUGUUGCCAUUGGCCAUAAAGAGUAGAAAAGAUAGUACGUGGCCCCCGAAUCCUUUUUACUUUCUUUCUCAAACAUUGCUUCUAAGUACAAUGGGAUGAGAAAGCUAUAGCUAUCUGAGAGCCUUUUUAGAAGCUCCAAGAAGUUAAGAAAAAAGCAGAACAGUCUUGAGUUUUAGUGUAUAGAGUUCCUAAGCUAGAAGUAGUUCCAGACUGAGUUAGCAUGACAUUGUACUUAACAUUAUUAACUAUGACAACUUAUGAUGGUUUUGAAGCUCCCAACUCUUUUCCCUGUGGACUGAGCAAAUAGUUCAUGUUGGCCAAUAUUAACACGAAUGUGAUAAUGUUUUAAGAAAGGCACAUUUUCCCAAACUAACCCACUGGAAUAUCUCACCCCCUCUUUGCAUGAAGACCUGCUGUUAUUUCAAAUAAAGAUUUAUGUUUUUUUUUUCUUUCUCAAUGUUAAUUUGAAUGACUUUUCCUGUUUAAUAAAUCACACGGUUUUGCGGUUGCAUAUCACAGCUAUUUUGUUUAUGAUAAACAGUGUCCACAAACAUAACAUACAAAUUAUCAGUAUGUUUGUUACAUACUCUAAUAGAUAUAUCUGGAAUAAGUCUUCAAUUUUGUUAGCAGUGCUUGGGGCUUAAAUUUGUGGGCUUUUUGUGACUUUGACUUCAAUGAAGUUUCUUUUUCCAAAAUAAAACAUUCUACUGCCAAAUGUUGACAAUUCAUAACAUGAGCAAUAUUUUUUUUCAUUCCUAAAUCUUUCUCUUGGUCAGCUUAAUGCCAAUUUAAAAAAAUAAUAAAGUUACAUUUCGUUCAAAGUGAUACUGAAUGUACAGUUGUGCGAAUCAUCUGCUUGGUUCAGUUAACCUCUGGUGAAUGGUCUGUGGUACAAAUUAUCUGCUAUGAUCAGUUAUCCUACUAGAGCACAUAUGUACUUUGACAUUCUUCAGUUUUCAGUAAAAAGGACAUUCCUUAUGUUUUGAUACUUUUGACCCGAUGUGCAAAUCAGUACACACUCUGGACCUUAACGAAAUAAAUCAUUUAAAAAAUCAUACUAAUAAUAUUAUUAUCACAGCUCCAAAGGGACACUUUUAUUAAUUUACUGAAUGUUUGCAAACAUCACUUGCAAUAGUGAAAGAAACGGUAUUUGUAGAAAAAAAGCUGGUCAGUGUUGCACUGUUAAUAAGGGUUUUGAAUUUCGAUCCAUUGCUAAUCAAAAGAGAAUUUCUUUCUUCAUUACAUCAUUGUGAACGAAGAAGAAAAUACUAUAAGUUAUAAAGGCCAUGGAGGUUGAUAAUCAAGAAAGAAAUUCAUGAAUCCAAAUGUAAUGUUUAUGUAAGGGAUGUCCUAGUAUACUGCAAGUCGUCUUGUACCCACAGUUGUCUGUAUCUUAUGUACAUUUUUCUGUACUUGUGUACUUCUGAAGAUAAGUACAAGAAGGCAUGGAGAGAAAUUAGUUUGCCUUGAAAUUGCUAAAAUGAAAACAAAAUGAAGACCUCUUGGACCAAAAAUCAACGUUUGGCAUAAAAAAUUCACGACCUUAUUGUUCACAAAGUAGGGUUAGACCUUGUUGUACAUCCUUCUUCAGAAAUGCACAGAUAGUGGAAUUUUUUGGCGACACCCCAGGGGCGUUGCCAAUGCAUUGGUAUAUAUCAUUUACAGGGUGGUGCGAAAGUCCUGACCGAGCAGAGAAAGCAUCCGGCGCAAGACUUUUGAACCACCCUCUCCAACAGCUGGCCCAGACUACCGUCAUAUCUUUGUGAAUGUCGCUUUUAACUUGAGCUUUGCGUGCAAAAGAACCAUUUUAUCUGUUGUAUCAUCACAUUUAUAACAUUUUGAAAUGGCAUAGAGCUCAUAUAUAUUCGACAUGAUAGCUGAUAGCACGAGUCACAAGUGUAGUAACAAACUCCACAAAUCUAUUUAUUCUGUACAGUACUUCUAAAAGUGUUCAAAACACUGGAAAAAUCAUCUCGAACCUAUUUUAUUAUUUCAGAAAACAUGGGCUGUAUCUGAAGAAGGUAUUGCAAAGAACAAUGGACAAUAUACAUGAGUAAGGAUAGAGGCAUACGAUGGCUAUAUAGUAGUAAUAUACAUGUGGCCUGGUCGUGUUACUUAUGUGGUUUCGACUGGUUCAAAUCGGUUUCAUCUAGGCUGGCUGUUGGGGGGAAAAAGAGGACUAGGGUAGCCAGAACUUCCAUACAUUGCAGUAAUGAUGUCUGUCAUACAUUGUGAUUUUAGUUGAUUUAGUAAAUAAAAUUUUCACAUACGUCUCAA